AUGGAAACGUGUAUUUCAGUAGUUUUAGCAACUAUCCUCAUCAUACCAUUCGCUCUGAAAACUUUCACACCUUAUGUCUGGGCGGAUAUCUUGUACGUCGUAGAGCUGCUUCGGAUUUUAGUGAAAUUUGUUUCGAGGCGAAGGAGAAAACCUUUCUUCUUUGUUUUGGACCGUUUCUUGGAGCAGACCGCUGCGCAUCCAGACAAGCCCUUCGUUGUGUUUGAGGAUGAGAGCUUCACAUACUCCGACACAGACAAGAGGAGCAACAAAAUCGCCAAUGCACUUCGGUCUCACCCUCGUUAUAAAGCUGGAGACACCGUGGCUCUGUUCAUGGGGAAUGAACCAGCCUUCAUGUUUACCUGGCUGGCUUUAGCUAAAUUGGGCUCUCCUGUUGCUCUUCUCAAUUACAACAUCCGCACCAAGUGUCUACUGCACUGCUUCAACUGCUGCAAGGCCAAAGUGUUGAUAGCAGCACCAGAGCUGAAGGAAGCAGUGGAAAAAGUGCUGCCCUCACUGAGCGAGAAGGGCGUCACCGUCCUCCUGAUGACUAAACACUGUGACACAUCUGGAAUCGAGAGCUUCUCCGAUAAAGUGGACCAUGCAGCAGACACACCGAUCCCUCGAUCCCUCAGAUCAAACAUCACAUUCAAAAGUCCUGCAGUUUAUAUUUACACCUCUGGAACUACAGGUCUCCCAAAAGCAGCUGUGGUCAAUCAGAACCGCCUCCUAACAGCUCUGGCUGUUUUAUCCUCAAAUGGUGUGUCGUCUACUGAUGUCAUCUACCUCAACUUACCUCUGUACCACACAGCUGGAUUCAUUAUAGGUUUUAUUGGCUCCAUUGAAACAGGAUCGACCAUCAUUCUGAAGAGAAAGUUUUCUGCCUCACAGUUCUGGGAUGACUGCAGGAAGUACAGUGUGACCGUCGUUCAGUACAUAGGAGAAGUGAUACGUUACCUCUGCAGUACACCAAAGAGAGAAAAUGAUAAAGACCACAAAGUAAGACUGGCCAUUGGCAACGGUGUCAGAGCAGAGAUAUGGAGGGAGUUUCUCAAUCGCUUUGGGAAGAUUCAGGUCAGAGAGUUUUACGCCUCCACUGAGGGAAAUGUGGGAUUUGUCAACUACGCGGGGAAAAUAGGAGCUAUUGGACGGGUCAACUUUUUGCAUCAGAAGCUGUUUCCCUACACUCUUAUCAAGUAUGACACAGAGAGAGAUGAGCCGAUUCGAGAUGCUAAUGGCCUCUGCAUAGAGUCAGCCAAAGGUGAAACAGGACUGCUGGUGUCGAAGAUCACAGAUAUUGCCCCUUUUAUUGGCUACUCCCAGAAUGAAGAGCAAACGGAGAGGAAAAGGCUUCGUAAUGUUCUCAAGAAGGGAGAUCUUUACUUCAACACUGGAGACCUAAUGAGGAUCGAUAAAGAGAACUUCAUUUACUUUCAGGAUCGUGUUGGUGACACUUUCAGGUGGAAAGGUGAGAAUGUGGCCACGACCGAAGUGUCCGACAUCCUGACUAUCAGUGAUUGUCUCAAAGAGGCCAACGUUUAUGGAGUCCAAGUGCCAGGGCAUGAGGGGCGGAUUGGGAUGGCAGCUGUCACUGAGAAGGAAGGCGUCCAGUUUGAUGGAACAAAAAUAUAUAACCAUGUGGUUAGUUACCUACCAUCGUAUGCCCGACCACGCUUUAUAAGGAUACAGAAUGCUGUGGAGGUGACGGGGACUUUCAAGCAGAUGAAGGUGAAGUUAGUGGAGGAGAAUUUUGAUCCAGGAUGUAUCCAGGACCCCCUCUACAUCCUUAAUGAUAAUGAGAAGAGUUAUGUGCCGCUGACAGCUCAGAUCUACACCUCUAUCAUAUCAGGAAACAUCAAACUAUGA